UCUCAUCAUUGCUAUUGAUUAUAUUUCUUCUAGCACUGCCAUAUAUAAAUAAACAUAUAUAAACUAUUUAGUAUAUACAUAUAGGAUCCUCUCCGUGGCAAUCUCCACACACACUCUCUCUCUGAACCAAACCAAACCAAACCACAGGAAAAUCCCCUCUGCGAUGUCUAACGAGGACGAGCUCCUGGUCCAAGAAUCCACUGCCACAAACAUCUCCGGCGCGGACUGCUCCCGAUCGGCCUACUUCCUCCUGCCCCGUGCGGACGCCACUUGUCUCCCCGUCCUGCCAUCCCCGCGACAUAGUGGAGGCCCCUUUCUUCGUGACGAGAUCCGGGUGGAAUGGAGGGGCUGGCCCUCCUCCUCGAAGCUGUGGAGGUGCUGGGUGACCAAGCUUCGGCCGCUGCACGAGGGCCUGUGGAAGCGAGUUGGUAUAUCUGAUGCCAUCCUGUCAACCACAUGGCGGGUUCGGCGUGACGAGGAUCUGCUGCUCCAGCUCGCGGCGUUAUGGUCCAGAGAGACCAGCAUGUUCGUCUUCCCGUGGGGCGAGGCCACGAUGACGCUGGAGGACGUGGCCGUGCUCGGGGGCCUACCUCUGUUGGGCAAGCCCGUGUGCGCGGUGUUGCCGGACACGCUGCGCGGCGACGUGCACGCCCUUGAGGGCAUUCGGAGAAUAUAAGUAGCAUUCUCCAAGUAUGUGAUAAAGUGACAUGUUUGAUGAGUUUGGUGUGUGCAUGUUGAGAGAGAAUAGAAAUAGCAUUCCCAUGCAUGGUAAGAGAAAUAACUAGUGGGUGAUAAUGUGACAUAUGUGGUGUUGUAUAAUGUGUGCAUGUUGAGAGAUGGAGAUAGUGGAGAUAAAGUAUUUAUUUAGGUGUGUGUGUGUGCGCGCGCGUGUGUGUAUUUAUA